AUGUUGGGUUUAAAGACCAACAAAGUUCAAUCUAUCAGCUCUGUGAGUUUAGCUGGACUUCCCAAAGAUGUGCGGAUCACUACUGGUGCCAAUCACCGCCGUACAUCAAAAGGAUCAUUGUCUGGUUCACUGGCAGGAUUUGAACAAUUGGAGGUAUGUAUAAAGACCUUCUUAUUUUUCAGAUGUGAAAUAUUAUUGAGAUAUUAAGCUUAGUUUUGUAUUUAAAGGUGGUGAAAUGUUUUGCUUUUUGUCAAGUGCAAUUUAAUGAAUCAUACAUGCAUAUAGCUAUGCCCCCAAAACUGAAUGAAUAAAAACAUAAAUUAUCCUUUUCUUAAUGUAAAUUUUUGACAAAUGGACAAAAUGGAAUCACAGUAGAUUGCAUAUUUUUACAUUGACCUAAAAAUACAGAGUUCUUUAAUAACUGCUUGCUCUGAAACACCGUCUUACCCUCCCUAAUAAUUUGAUUCUUGCGAUGAAAAGGCUCAUUUUGGAUCAUUUUCAUAUACCUGCUUUUAAAGCUAAAGGAUUGGUAUUUUGUGUUUUGUCUUUAAUAUUUGAUUAAAGUAAGGUUGUCUGAAUAGUGAAUUCAUGUAAAAUUACACAGUUACCACUGAAAUUUAUUCUAAUCAGUGUAUGUAAAGUUCUGCCUAUAUUUAUUUGGUAUCUUAAUUUGAUUCCUUGGAAUAAUUGCUGUUAAAUCAAAACAGAUGUCUUGAAAAUGAUAAUCUUUACCUAUGAUUAAUUGUUAAAUUCAGUAACUUCAUAAACAUUGUUUAAUGUCAUUGGGAAAUAGAGAGAAGCACCUAAACAAAAAAAGUUAAAAAUUAAAAAUUAAAAUUUUGAAAAUUACCCUUUGAAGAAGCUUUAUACAUGAACACUAACCAAGUACUGCAUUUUAAUCCAUUAAUUGAAAAGGAAAAAAGAACUAAUGAUCAUGGGGUGAUCAUUUGAUCAUUUUCAGUUUUUAUCAGCAAGUGGUAGUAGAAACUUCUCAUCUUCCUAUUUAAAAGUAAGUAUAUUAUGCUUGGUUUAACUCUUGAGACUUGAUAACUAAUACACAUUAGCCAGGUAACUUUUGUUAAAUUAAAAAAUUUAAACUAUAUUGUUUAAUCUCCUAACCCCAAGGAUCAACUACCAUCUAAUUUCUCCCUACAUUAAGGAAAAUGAUCUCUACUGAAAGAAGCUCUUGAUUGUUAAAUAAAUUCUCCUUGUCAGCACCUUAGGAAAUGUACAGAGAACAGUAUGGAGAAUAUGCUUACUGAUAUUAGGAUGGAAAAGCUGUGGCUACUUGUGUAUAAUUGUAUUGUUUCUUUAUUUUAAAAUCUUAUCAAACAAUUAUUCCAGGAGUGCACGUUGGAUAUGAAUUACAAUGUACAAAAAAAAACUCCCUGAGUAAAAAACACUUUUGAGUACUUUUGUACAGAGUUUCAGUUUCUUUCUGUAAGGAAAAGAUUUAGUUUAAACAUAAUGAGAAGAGACCACUCCAGUACCAUCAGCAUUCAGCUGCAUUUUGCCCAAAUAAAUCAUGAAAAUUGUAAAUAAUUGUAAUGAUUUCAAUGAGCAAAUAAAUAUUAAAAAAAUUACAGGGUGAUAAACAAUUUAUGCAUAAAUAAGUAUCUUUCUGAUAAAAUAAGUGAAAUGCUAGGUCUUUGAGCUGUUGAUGCCAAGUGAGGUGCAUCUGAGUUAUUUAACAGCUGUCUUCACAAAUGACAAAGCAUUGGUUGAAAAAAGAUAUUAAACCAAUCUAAGACAAUUAAAAAGUUUACCACAUUCAAUGAAUUUGCGUAAUUUUGUUUAUAACAGAAAUGGGGAAUAUUGCAUAAUUCAUUUCUGUGGCACUUCCAUGAAAAGUUGAUUAUCAAUCUUUUUUGAUAGCAGUCACUUUUGACUGACCCAAGCCAUUGGGAUACAAUGAAUGAAUAAUGGUUUUCAUCUGGAAUUCUGUAGAAAAACAUUGCUACUUAUGACAAAAUGAAGCAUAAAACUACAGUUAAUAAUAUGCAAUGAUAAUACAAUGUUAAGGAUUCAAAGGAAGUCAACAAAAUGGUAAAUAUACUUGAAAAAUAGGUAUAAAAAAGAAUACAGUAAUAUGCAUUCGAUAUAUUUAUAUGUUAUAGUUGGAAGUGAUCUUCAGCUGGUGGGAGUUUUCUCUUUUUUGCACUUUAGGGUGAGACAAAAAUAUUUGAAGCAAAGAAAAUAUAAAGUGAAAUGAAUAGGUCAUCAAGAGAAGAGUUUGUAAGAAAAGACAAACCUACCAGUAGGAGGUGUUGUUUUGAAUGAUACAAAAUUAAAUUCUCUCAACUCAAUUGUAUGAAAACUUACAUCACUGAAAGAGAGAAUUGCAAAUAAGAUGUUAAGAGUUCAAUAGUUGACGCUGAAUCUAAUUCUAGCUGUGCUGUAUUAUGAGUCAGAAUACCAUUGCUACUUUUCAACUAGAGAUUCAGAAAACCCUUUAAUCCCUGAGAGUGACCAGCAUCUAAUUUCUCCUUUCAAUAUCACCCCUGAAUCAAACAUCAAGGUCAUGAGAAUUAAGGAAAUGAUAAUUAACUGAAGAACCCUGUUGAUUGUUAAACAAAUUAUCCUUGCCAGUACAUUAGGAAAUGUAUAGAGAACAGUAUGGAGAAUAUGCAUACUGAUGUUAGGGUGUAAAGGGUUAAUGAAAUUUUUGUUGGAGAAUGAAUUGCCAUGAUCAAUGAAUUAACCAUGAAAAACUUUUUGAGAAUGACUUACAAUAAAAUAACUUAAAUUUAGUUCAAAGAGAUCACAUUAAAAAAACUUUGAAAAGAACUCAAUAAGGAUAGCAAUUUUAUGUUUUGUGGUUUGUAUUGUUCUGAGUUUUUAUACUGACUUUGUGAAAACAAGCUUUUGAUAUUUAACACCCAAAGAGCAGAUGAUAAAAUUAAAAGACUUGGAUCUUUAUAUUUUCUUCUAGAUCAACAGGUCUCUUUUUUAGUGUAUUUUCAUAAUGGGAGAAAAAGUUCGUAAUGUUUGAUCAAUUAUUUAUUUGUUUUGUGACUGGCACCGAGGUACAUCUCCCACUGGUUAUUUCUACAUGAGGUUUUAAAUAAAUUUUUUGCUUUGAAAUGCAAAUUCAAAAAGUUCCUCUUGAAUAUUUAUCUCAAGUCAAUGUUCAGGUCUUUUUUCAUGCUUUACAAGACUUUAACAAAAGCACAGAUUUUCAAAUAUUGUGAAGAUUUUGUUUUAGUUGGUUAAAGUUAUGGGAAAAUGUCCUUCAUGUUUCAGGACAAACAAAUUGGGUGACAACAAAUUUUUGCACAGAUUGUGUCAUGAUUUGGUAUUUUUGUUAAAGCUGUGAAGUAGCUUUGUGUUUUCAACAUGAAAGAGUCAUUUUCAACUCUCUAUGAGCUUGACAAACAUGGAAGUACAGUUUCUCUGAAGAUGUUCAGUCGAGUCUCAGUAAGUGGAUUUGUUAAUACUGUAUGUUUAUACUAAAUUAUGUAAAGCUAGAUAUUCUUGAGUGAUUGAAAUGAUUUUGAAACUUGUUUGAAAAGUUUAAGCACAGACAAUGAUAUUGUUAAGUGCAUUCAAAAUCAUACAUGUAGAUCAGAAAAUACAUCAUUUUAUUUUUCCAGCUCUCGAUAGAUAGACUUAGGUAACCAGUCAUUGUGCAACUUCAGACCAUGUAAUAAUUUGAGAAUCAUUUUUAUCACCCUAAUGAUGAAUUUUUGAAAUAAGUUUUUGGCUUUUAGUUUCCAGUUCUUCUUUAGAGCUUUUUAGAAUGUGACACACUUAAUUCACAUUUCAUUUUUACUCUUGCAAAUUUUGACAAAUUUUGACAAAUUUUCAGUUACAGCAUAAACUAAAAGAAAUUUCAUCAUUUUGAAAUGAUACAAUUUACUUGGCUGUAAAAUAACUUUCUCUCAGUUGUCACUUCAGUGAAUUAGUUUAUAACAUAUGGGUUGAAAUUCUCAUAGUCCUUUUGCACUUGUAAAGUCUCUGGCCUCAUUGUCAGGCCUAUUUGUUUGCAGAACAAUCUAUUGAAGUUAUGUGAAGUCAUGCACAUGUUAUUUACCUCUGGAAGUUAAGGAAUAAAAAAGCUACAAAAGUCAUUUUUAAUUUGAAAGAGACAUUGCCUUUGUGAUAUCUGUUACAGACAUAAUUGCAACCUCCUUGUAUCUUCAGACCAUAGAUAGGUCACUAAACUGAGGCUUGGGUUGAAAAUUUAGGUAGCAAUUUUUUUAAACCUACCAAAAUGGGUGACUAAAAUGGUCACAGCUAAGAGUGCUGAAGAUGGAUGGUGUACAUGAGACCACCAUGAAACAAGACAUUUGUAAGAAAAUUUCCAGUAUUGAAACCAAAAGCAACAUUUCUUAUCAGUACAUGCUGCUUUUUUGACAUUUCCAAUCUUUUUAAAUUUUUGUAGAAAAGCAAGAAGUCAUGGAUUGCUGGACAUUUUCGAGGUCGGGAGUGCAUCAAAAUUGUGAAAGAUGCAAAGAAGACUCGCUCAGAAGAGUAUGUACAUGAACCUUUGUAGAAACGUGAUUUUUUUUUUCUUUUGUAUAUGUAAGAUUUGAGGCCCUUUGCAUAACUCCAACAUGAAUAAUGGAGUGCUGAUGUAAAUGAUAAUGGUUAUAAUUGUAUGUAAAAUUCAACUUUCAUAACUAUUUUAUCUCAAACUAUCUCUCAUAAAUAUUUUAUCUCGAACUAUCUUGAGAAAGAGAGGGAUAUCUGCUGGUUUACUGGUGUCUACCAAGAGUAAAACAGUUAUGAAUGAAACAGAAAGUCUCAAGUCUCACUGUUAGUCAAUAUACCUUUUUUUCCAUGUUAGGAAUCCAAUGUGUAUGUGUGGUAGAACUAAGAAUCAACAUGAUUUAAAUGUGGUCAGAGAGGACACAGGCGAUCAAUGGACCCCAGAAAGGUGCACACGGCAGAUGCAAACUGAUGCAUAUGGGGAGAUUGACUUCCUUGGUACAGGCAGUCAGAAUAAACGCUCUCCAGUAAGUCGCUGCAGACCAUGAUUGAUACUGUACUUAUUGUGGUGUCUUGUCAGAGGUACAGGUGUUGGUGAAGGGGGGGGGGGAGGGUAUGGGUUUCCUUGACGUUUUCAGCAGGAGGGCAACUGGUUUUCACAGGCAGGCAAAACUUAUUGAACUGAAUUUCUUUGUAGGAUAAACUUUUCUGUAGAUGGUCAAACCAGGUGAAAAAAAAAACCGUCUUCACAACCGGUCAAUUUACCCAGUGCCUGACCCUUAAUAAAACCCCUUGGGGGGCAUUUGAACACCUUAUGUUUAUCAGGGAGGAUUGGUAAAGUAGUGGAAGGCAGUCGUGUAUGGCACAUGUGUGUGAAAGUGAGUGAGAGACUUUCUCCUAUAUCCUUUACCGAAAUACGCGAAAGUAAUCCCAAGUCUCCUUUUUUAUACCCGUAGUAUGUGCGCGUGUCACACGACACUGAUGUUCAGCUCAUCCUAAAGUUGAUGCUUGAAAGAUGGAAUCUUGAAAUUCCCAAUCUGGUUAUUUCUGUGACGGGGGGUGCCAAGAGUUUUGUUCUCAAACCCAGAUUGAAAGAAGUGUUCAGAAGAGGUCUGAUUAAAGCAGCUAAGUCGACGAGUGCCUGGAUUAUAACAGGUUUGUGCCUUUUUCAGUAUAUACUCACUGUGUGUAAUGUCCAGACAGAGCCAUUGACUGAGUAAAACUGAGAGAAUCACGAAUGCCAAUCAGAGCAAAGGAAAAUGUCACGAGGAGUCGAUGAGAACUCAAAGCAGCCUACAUGGCGGGAAAAGUUCAGUGGUUUAGUUUUGUUUGCAGUUGAUUGGUUUAAAGACUGGUGCGACUUCUCUAAACCAAUCAGGGAGCCUAAUGAAACGAAAACUCAGUAUUACCAAUUGAUUUCCCACGCUCAAGGUCGUUUUCUUGUGUUUACAUUCAGAUUGGUCGCUGUGAGUACUUUGUUGGUACACAAUCGAAAAGCGGUCUUUCUGAGAUUGUGAGAUUUGAGGCGAUUUUCCUUUUUUUUCUCCUAAGGUGGAACCAAUGCUGGUGUUAUGAAACACGUGGGUGAAGCCGUGAGAGAACAAGAAAUCACAUUUGGUAGUGAGGAUAAAGUUAAUGUUAUUGGCAUCGCUACUUGGGGCAUUGUGGACAGAAAGGAUUCUUUAAAAGCGUCUAAGGUAAACACGCUUAGUUUCAAAGGUCACAAGUCUCUGAUUAUUUUUGACUAAUGAAAGGAUAGUUUAUUUUUAUAAAUAUAUAAUAACUGCGAGCGUAAAACGAAAGCCGCGUCGUUCAUUUCCCGCCAAAAGUAGCAAUCUUCCUUUCCCGCGAAAACUCGCACUGUGUAUUUCCCGCCAAAACUGUCGUUGCCCAAAUAUUGAGGGCAGUUGCGGUGUCUAAGUUUCUCGUUUCCCGCCAGCUAACUGCUGCUAUAUGGAAUGCUCUUAUGUUGUUCACCAUGAAGGAACAUUGCCGUCCCUUAAGCUGCUCAAUAUAACUCAAGUUAAGUCGGCUCAGAACUCCUAUACUUAGGCGCUUAUUCCCCAAGCGGGUUCUGUCUCUCUGUAAUUUUAGCCCGUCGGAAUCUGGAAUCCUGCCGGCACCUCGAACCCCGCGAGUACCUUGCCUCUGGUCUUCCAAAAGCUCCGCAUAGUCACUAUGCAGAAUAAAGCUAUCGGCGGUUGCAAUUAUUCUCUUGUUUUCUUUAUGUAGAACACAAAUGGUCUGUAUCCGGCCCACUACCGCAUGGAACAGGUCCCAGGCUCCAGUGGGGCUUUGCUGGAUUCAAAUCAUUCGCACUUCCUGUUGGUGGAUAACGGAACAGAAGGAAAGUACGGUGUGGAGAUUAACCUGCGCUCAAGAUUUGAGGAAGCUGUAAUGAAGGUCAAAACUGACUCUAGAUCUGCUGCAGGUUGGUUCAAAUGUCGACCACGCUAAAAUCAAUUAGUUUGAAUGUGGCUCCUUAGGUUAGGUCUUAUGUUGCCUCAUUCUGCAAUGGCUUGAAAAGCUCGCGUCACCUUCUCAACCAAUCGAAUGGAAGCAAUCGCGACCUUGCAAGGCGCGUUUUCCCGCGCUUGGUGCCGUGACUUCUCACUGGUGCACAGUGUUUUUUAAGUUUGUUGUGAUUGGUUGAUUUACAUUCCUUGGUUUCCCCGGUAGAUUUUAGGCUAAUACCCUAAAAUACGUUUAGUUACGUUGUUUGGAUAUUGCAGUCGUUGUACCAUGGAAUUUCUCAUAGCAUGGCUCAUGUGAAUAUAAUCUAUAGAACAAUGGAUAUAGAAUAUCAAAUUAUUAACAAAGUGAAAGAAGUAAUUAUGGAAGCGAUCUUUGCAGUAAUAAACACUACUUGAGCAGUAGUGAAAAUAAGGCCUGCUCAAGUAGUGUUCAUUACUGCGAAGAUCGCUUUCAUAUUCACGUCUUUAUCUGCAGUUCAGAUAUAUGACUUUCAUAUAUACACAGUCGUUUAUUCACCACUUCACGGGUUUAUUUGAAACCAAAUGAUAACCAGCUCCAAGUUGACUUGUUAGCUCAGUUGGUAGAGCACUGCACCGGUAUCGCAGAGGUCAUGGGUUCAAAUCCCGUACAGGCCUGAAUUUUUUUCAGGUCUUAUUUUCACUACUGCUCCACUAGUGUUCAUUACCGCGUAGAUCACUUUCAUAUUCACGUUUUUAACCGCAGUUCAGAUAUAUGACUUUCAUAUAUUCACAGUCGUUUAAAGUGAAACAAAUUAGCAUUUUUAAGGAAAAAAAUUACAUGUUAGCAGCGAAUCAAAAAAAAAAAAUGCAGGAAAGAAAAAACAUUCGCUGUAGACACAAAAAUAGAUACAGUCUAAAAAAUGGCUUCUGAAUUUCACUUUGUUUACAUGGUUAACAAUCGGUUGUCAAUCAUUUGCAAGGUGCCAUUGGUGUCCCUGUGGUCCUAUUGGUUUUGGAGGGUGGACCAAACACUGUUCGUACCAUGUGUGAAUUAAUCAAAAAGAAAAUCCCAGCUGUUGUAAUUGAUGGAAGUGGUCGUGCAGCAGAUGUAGUGGCUUAUGCCUACAGUCACACCACUAAAAGGUGAGAAUUAAUGACCAAUUGUGCCUCAAUUAUUUCGUUUAUGGUCUAAAUAGAGUAUUCAGGUAAACGUUUUCGUCAAGCACCGUCGCAUUUUUCCCGCGCAUGGUACCAGUGACAUGUUUACCCGCGCUUGGCGCCGGAUGCGUGAUUUCCCGCGUUUAUCAUGGGUUGUGUGGUUUGUGCAAUUGCAGCGAAUACAUUUUUUUUCCCGCGUAUGGCUGUAAAAUGACAUGUUUUUCCGCGCUUGGUGCCUGCAGCGUAAUUUACCGCUCUUAGCAUGGGCUUUGUAUUUUAACGCGUUUAAGGAGCAAGGUAAUUUUUUUCCCGAUUAUCGUAACAGUAAUUUGCUUCCCGCGCUCAACGUCAUUUGCUUGAUUCCCCGCGUGUAAUACGUAGCCCUUUUGCUUUUCUGCCUUUUGUUUAUUUUUGUUUUGAUCACUAAUGUUAAGACAGUCUUCCUUGCGGUUUUUCGUUUCUUUUUUUUUAUCGUCAGUGAUGGGAAAUUUAUCGUCGAUCCUCAGUAUGAAGGGAAAAUACGAGCUAAGGUGGCGGAAGUGUUUCAAUUUAGGAAGGAACAAGAAGUCGACGAACAUUACAAGAUGAUCGAAGAAGUACUUGAAGACGAUAAGAUGGUAUGUCCCUUAUUCUUUUUUCAAUUUUUUGGGUUACACUUAGUAUUGCAGUCUUUUCUUGUUCACAUUGUAUUGGCGGAAUCCGUAAAAAAUGUUCUAUUUCCUUUUCCUCAAUUAAAUUUAUGUACCAUGGUUGAUGGCAUGAAUGAUAUGAAUUUUCAGUUGAAAAAUGUAUGAAAUAUCAUGGUCUCUGAUCGUCUGGUAACGAGGUGGAAGUUUCCUGGAUGUUUAAGUUUGCGCUGUGCUUAGUUUUGCCACAAAACCGUCCACAGAACUCCUUAUCCAGGACACCGACUCGAGAAACGUAGCCUUCAGUCCCGACUGAAAAAUGAAAUACUUCUCUGAACUUUCACUGGAGUUUCCACCAAGAUCUAUUAUAGUAAUUCUGAUCCAUAAGUUUGCUCACCGUAACAAGAUCUUCAUUAGUAAGUCUAACCAGAUUUAUUCGAAGUAAAUUUUCGCUGUUUGAAAGGGUUUUCACAAUUACAAUGACAAUGAUGUUUGUUCAAUGCUAAAGUGACAGAACAAAGUCUCCUUACUGUUUUCCAUACAAUUCUUAUGAUGUUUGUUCGGAGAAUUUGGUAUUGGAUCAACUAGUAAUCCCCUGAUAGAUAUUUUCUUUAUUCUCGUCACUUGUCUGCUUAAUAUUGUAUUGAUAUUGUUAGGAGAAAUUCUGUCCUGGUCACUUGUGGGAGUGAAAUGGUUCAAACAUUUGUUGUUUUUGUAGAUCUCUAUUUACCGAAUGGAUGACGAGACCAAUAUAUCUCAAGACAUUGAUCUUGCAAUUCUAAAAGCCCUCCUAAAAGGUAUGAUAAUAAUUUAGUGAUAUUUUGAUCUCUCAAUAGGCCAUUUUACAGUUGUGUACUUAGUUGCCAAGCCUUUGAUUUGGAGUGAGGCUGAAGGUGACCUUGUUGUGUUAGAGACCAGAAUCUAGUUAGCAUGAUAACAAAUUAAUUUGCACUUCAAAAGCAGCAAGGUUUGUAUCAUAACAAGGUCACCCUUAGCCUCACUCCUGUUCAAAGGCUUGGCAACCAAGCACACAACUGUAAAAUGGACUAUUACCUGUUUUGUUUUGUUUUUUUCACGCUUUUGAAAUUGUUCUUUUGUUCUUUUCUUUUUUUUAAGGUGGAUCAUUAAAAACUGACAAACAGAGAAGUUCUAGACAGGUGCCAUUCAGUAGAGAGGUUGGAUAGAUCAGUUAUUAUUAUCAGAUCAGUUAAUAUUAGGUAUAGAGAGAGAGGAAACAGAGAUUUAAAUAGAGAGGGAGAUGCGUUACUGUAUUAGUGAGUUAAAGCGUGGCUGUGGGACUCUUUACAAGAGAUUGAAUGUGUGUCGAUGAGAAACAUCUUGAGCUGUUGUUAACGGAGCUGUUUGGGCCGUAAGGCUCAAUAGCCUAUAGCCACUUCGUGCAUAGUUGAAGAUGCACUGUCCUUAUAGUCAGCGCGCUGGACUCUGGGUCGAGAGGUCUGGGUCCGAGCUCUAGCUCGGUUAUUGUGUUAUAUUAUCAGGCAAUUCACUUAACUGAGUUGUAGAAACUAGACGAUUGUUGUUUGUGUUACAACAUUCGCACUAAGCUGUCCUGUAGAACCAAUUAAACCUGUGAACAUCAAUGUUAUUCUGGUAUCUCUCCUAGCCAACAGUUCCGCUCCUUUGAUGCAGUUAAAUUUGGCACUGGCCUGGAACCGGAUUGACGUCGCUAAAAGUGAGAUCUUCACUGAUGACAAACGUUGGACGGUAACUUUUAUGUUUUCAUAUGUAACUUGCCCAAUCUUCUCUUGUCUCGCGGACGAAUACAUGUAAAGCUUGACAACCUUCCAACAAGUUUUGGAAAAGGUGUAACAUUCCUUUUUUUUUUGCGUUUUUCAGGCGAGUGGAGGCAUGUGUGAAGCGAGAUUGAGGGGCGCGCGAGUUACCCGCGAGAUGACGGGCGCGAAAAAAGGGCGAAAUAACGCGCCAUUUCUCUUACGCUCGUCCUUUUGUACGUGACCACAGCUUUGCACUCGCCUCGCGCUCGCCUGAAUACACGAAAAUGCAAUGUUUGUUGUGCGCGCUUAGUUGGAAUUUUCGCGCUUAGGGGAAUUUUCAUCUAGUGUUUUGCAAUUAAAGCGUUCACGGACUGCACGUAUUAUAAGACAAUAAUUGUUAUCGUUCUCUUUCUGUAGACGGAGGCACUGACUAAUCCUAUGUUGGCAGCUUUGCUCGACGAUAAGCCAGGAUUUGUUGAACUAUUCCUACAGAAUGGUCUCAGCAUGAGAGAAUUUCUUACACCGCAGAUAUUAUGUCAGUUGUAUGCUGGGGUGAGUUAGUAGAGACUUGUUGAUUCCACGAGGAGUUUGACUUCGAUCACAAUAUUUGGAGUUAAGUUUUAAGCGAAACAUCGUGAAAAUAUAUUUCUUUUUUCUGUAACGUUUUCGAAAUUCCUUGCUGAUAUCGAAAAUGCAAUAUCGUUUAAUUUUCAGGUCCCAAGUAACAGCGUCAUAAAGCCUCUGGUUCAAAAAGAAAUGGUGCGUAUGAUUUUAUAUGUAUAUUUUUAAAUUUACUGCUUAAAUUUUCACGUUUUGUGCGCUUUUCAUCAGUUCCAUUUUUACCCGUUUUACGUAACUUCUAGGAAAGCAUCUAAAAAACAUGCCUCUUUUUGUGGAAAUUCCGUUUCAAAAACUCUGUGAGAUAGACACUCUGGCUGAAUGGCACCUGCAAAUUCUUUUUUCUUUUUGCGUCCAUCAACAUACUAUUGACAUGUUUUCCCGCGCUUCUCCAUCUCGUCCUGUUUUCUUGCGCUUGAGAUUGGUCACACGAUUUCCCGCGCUGACCGCUGGUUGCAUGUUACCCCGCGCAUUCCAGAAGUGACGAAUUUAUUUUUCUGAGGGUGCGAAAAAAAAAUUAAGCAUAAUCAUUCCUUUUUCUACAGAAUAAAAAGAAUAUUACAGCCUUAAACCUGAGGGUUAUCGGUGAAGUGAUAGAAGAAUUGAUGGGCGAUUCAUAUCAUAGCCUUUAUCUUCGGGAUCCACGUUAUAUGACCUCACUUCCUGAGGAAAGGGGCAAAAGUCGAAAAAUCACCCAGCCAGCUAUUGUAUGUAAGUAACACAUCUAAGAACUUAGCGCUCUGUCAAUAGUAUUGUUAUCAUCACAAGAUUCAAAGUCGUCGUUAUCAUUUUUGUCUGUCAUUAUGAUUUAUAGCUUUGUCAUUUGUUAGUACCAUUUGAGCCAAACCUUUAGAGACGAUCCCGGGAGAAUUGAUGUUUGUAAAAUGUAUGGGUCAGUUCGCGCGCUCUGAUUUAUUAAAGGGUAUGGUUUGUAUUUCAACAAGUCUCCUUUGCAGCUGUCACGCAACGCAAAGGUUUUUAUUUAUAGUGUUAUUCUGCCAAUAACUGCGCGACUAUGAUAAGAUACAACUUAAUUGUUUACCCUUUUUUUACUUCAAGGCAAUCCCCUUCACAGAAUCGACCCUCUAAAGACACCGUAUCGUGACGUAUUUAUCUGGGCAGUGCUUAGUAACCGGAAAGAGAUGGCCAAGCUCAUGUGGAGCAUGGGCCGAGAACAGAUCGCAACCGCGCUCAUGGCAACGCGUCUUCUUAAAUCCAUGGCGGGAAAGGCGCGUGCUGAUGAUACCAUCACUGACAUCAGCCCAGAGCUACUGGAGGUUGCGAAGUGAGUAUCUUUCUCCUUGUAUCCCGGCGCUGCACAUUUAAAUAGAGUGACUAAGAACUAAUUUCUCUCAACAGUAUCACCAACAAAUGAAGCACUUGGUUUUUAAACAAAUUCUCCUUGUCAGUGCUAUACGAAAUGUGAAGAAAACAGUGUAGAGAAUAUGCAUACUGAUAUAAGGUUGUAAACAGUUAAGUAGCCACGUAGUCUUAGGCUGGGGAAUUGUAUGAUACGUGACAAAAUAUUGUGUGACUGGAUAAAAGUUUUCAGACACAGAUGGUCGAGAUUUUGAUAAUUCUACCAGCCAUUGACAGUCUUUGUAACGACUUCGAAUAGGUUCAGUCUCUCUUUUCGAUUAUCAACUUUUAUUUUUUCAAGCAUUUUCGAUGUUCUGAGCGCUGCUGUUAACUCUCUUGCAGCGAUUUUGAACAACACGCAAUCGGCGUACUUCAAGAAUGUUACGAAGAGAAUGAAAAUCUCUCCCAGACACUGCUCGUUAAAGAACUGGAUAAUUUCGGUAACCUGACAGCACUUGAUCUGGCUGUCAUGGCUGAAGAUCAGAAUUUCAUUGCACAUACGAGCUGCCAAGUGCUACUCACCAGACUCUGGAUGGGAGCGAUGGCCAUGAACACUAAAUGGUGGAAGGUAGAAAAACAUGACUUCUCGGGGGAGGGGUGGAAUUAGUUAAGACGAUUAAAAGUUCCUUAAGCCGCGCGCGUUAACCACGAGGCCUUCAUCUUGGGUUAUUAGGGGAAAGGACCGUAGAUAGAUAAAAUUCAAAACUUUCCCCUUCCCUCCUCCCUACCACUUAUUUUUACCAGGGGUCACAGUGGCUAGUCUUAUUGCUACUGCAUCAGACUCCGGUGCGAGAGGCUUGAGUCCGAACACUGGCUGGGAUUUCUUCAUACUUGUGUACCUUGUCUACUCCAUUAAGCGCUGGACCUGAGAAUUUUUACGAAACAGCACUGGAAACUUAUUGUGAUAUAUAUCUUUCUCAAUUAAUUUUUUCUCCAUUAGUUUUUGUAACCCUGCGCGAUCUCCGUUUACGAUGUACCGUUUUGUUCCUCAGAUCAUUCUUUGCACGUUCUGUCCAUUCCUGAUUUUUCCCCUGAUUUACUUUGUCCCGGAUGAGCAGCACGAAAGAGAGGCCGCAGCUCGUCUGUCGCAGAAGGGAUUGUACUCUAAAAGUAUGAAGAAUAUAAGGAGACCCAGCAUAACAGAAGAAACAGUCGAACUACAAAAGGUUGAAACUGUCAGAAACGGAAAUCCUAAGACUAACCUCGACGAAGAAUCUAAAGUAGGAGAAGGGGAAGAUAUAGUGGAGGACAUAGUUGAAGAGAUAGUGGAACAUAUUCCAGGUAAAGAACCUUUGAAUCGUGAUUCUCCCAAUCAAUCACUGUAGGAAUCUUCUGAUUCCAUUGUGAGAAUUAAAAACUUCAUCAAGUAUCUCGUCCAUUAAGUCGUCUGUGAAGAAUUUUGAAGUCCUUUGAAGAUGACGUUCUCUUUCGAAACCGAUAAGAAUCUUGGACUAAAGCAAUUCUAUACGUAGAUUUUUUUGUGCUAGGCGUGAAACGGAUCAGUAUCAGUAUCAGGGCAACGGCCCACCUACCCCUCCCCUAACCCAACAACAGUCAAUUGAUAACAAGUUAGAGUGAAUGUUGGGUUAGGGGAGGGGUAGGUGGACCGUUGCCCAGAUACUGAUAUUGAUCCCGUGAAACUGAUGUAAGCUUUAUGAAACAAUUAAAAUAGUUCUUUAGCCCCUGAAAUUAUCAGAUCAAUGUCAGUAUCUGAACAACUACACACCUACCUCUCCCCUAACCUCACAUUAACCCUUAGUUGUUAUCAGUUGAUUAUUGCUGGGUUAGGGGAGGGGCAGGUGCGUAGUUACUCAGAAACUGACAUUAAUCCAAAUUGUCAUUGGAUAGAAUACAAUAUUUAUAGAAUAAAAUAUUUUCUCAACUCAUUUAAACACUUUUUUUUUUACAGAGCUUCAAGAAGAUCAUUCUAUGGAGCAUAUGAUGCGAUCUACAGACAUGACUUUUUAUGAUAGAAUCACAUCCUUCUACUCAGCGCCGUUCACCAAGUUUAUGGGAAAUUUGGUAAGCUUUUACACAUAAUUCCUUAACGACAUAUCCCAACUUUGGAGGUUUUUUCAUCCAUUUGAUGUCACAUUUGCAGGUGUCUUACAUAGCAUUCAUCUUGCUUUAUGGUUACGUAAUCACGAUGUACUUCCCGAAAUUUGACUCGUCCAAGACUCUCGGCGGAUUAAGUGUGGUGGAAUUUGUUCUUUACUUCUGGAUCCUCACUAUUAUAAUGGAAGAAAUUAGACAGGUGGGUAACACGAUGACGUCAUAGGAUGACAUCACGUGAUCAUGACAAGUAUUAUGUCACAUGGUCAAGGCACACAAUAGGUCACAUGACAGUCCAGUGUGAUGUUUAAUCCAUGAUCACACAGCACCGAAAUAUUACGUGUGGAGAUUAGAUGGCCAAUUGUUUAGUUUGCUGUACUCUGGAAUGAUAGGUCGAUAUUUUGUGGCAUCCUAAGAUAUUCAAGAUAUUAAGGAAUUAACCUUUUCUAUCGUAAUUCCUCUCUCUGGUAAGUGUAAACUGACAGGGAAACUUAAAUAAUUUACGGUUGGUCUACCUGUGGCUCACUACUUCCCGAGAUAAAACUUGACGAAUGUCUAGUUGCGACACCUGUAGCUCACAACGGCCCGAAUUUUUCUUGGUUUCAAAGUUGAAGGGCGCAAAAGAUGCCGACUUUUACCUUACAAAAGUUUCUCUCCGUAAUUUACUAAUUUUUAAUCUUUAUUUGAUGAUUUUAUUUCUGUUCUUUUCUUUUAAUCAGCUGGCGGCUCAACAACCGAAGACCUUUGGUGAUAAACUUAGUGUUUACUUUAGUGACACGUGGAAUCUCGUGGACACGUUUGCACUCCUGGCUUUUGUGGUUGCAGCAUGUCUGCGCUUUUUUGAUUCAACCUAUGAAGCUGCCCGGAUCAUAUUUUCACUGAAUAUAAUAGUGUUUAUCGUGCGUUCCCUUCAGAUCGUUUCUGUCAACAGACAGCUCGGUCCCAAACUUGUCAUGAUUAGAAAAAUGGUAAGAUUGUGUGACGUAAUGGUAUAAUUACCUGACUUUUUCUGUUUCCGUGGAGAUGGGGUACGUGUGGUUUGUUUGGUCAAUUUAGUGGGUCGUAUUUCACUGUAUGGCCCGCUAAAUUCAAAAGUUUCGUCGCUAUGAAAUCUUUCCCCUCUACUUGAACCCAGAGCCCAGAUAUAUAAUCAUAAUUAUACUAACCUCGUUUUCUCGGCCCGUACUGCAAGUUACAAACCCUCGGUUUUUUUGCACUUACUAUAAAUCCGAGCGGAAAAACGCGGUGCGUAACUUAGAGUACAAAUCUCGAGUUCGGUUAGUAAGAGGUAUGUAACUUGACCAUCCGAAAAUUAUCUUCAAUUUUGUAAUAAACCGCGUUAUGUGCAAAAAAGAUACCCUUAGUUAAGGUCCUUGAAAGCCCCUUUAAUUUAUUCACGUUUGACUCUUAGUUAAUGCUUCGUGUUAUUGCAACGUUAGCAAUUUCUAAAUACCUCUUUUUUUCUUGUUUUUAUUUUUUGUCAUAGCUUGAGGAUCUGAAGCAGUUUGUAAUCAUUUUGGCCAUAUUUAUUAUCGCUUAUGGAAUCGCUCUGCAAGCGGUGUCAUUCCCAGGCCCCGGACAGUUCGCCAAGACCUGGGAUCAGGUGAUCCGUGGAAUACUGGACCUACCUUACUGGCAGAUGUACGGAGAACUCUUUCUCGAAGAAAUUUCAGGUAGCUGGAUCAACCCUCUUACUCUUCUGUGAUUAAAAUGUAACUUUUCCUUUACGAUAUUGAUAUAAUAUUUAGCAAACAGAUUAUAAGAAUAGAUAACUACACCAGCCUGCUCGCAGGCUUGCUGUGAUUGGAUGAAACUUUGUGAGAAGUAACAAAGGGCAAGUAUGACUCUGCCUUAGUAACAUCACGUAAAGCUUCAACCUUUUGUUGUUGUUUUUUUGUGUUUUCAGGUCAAAAGCCCUCAGAGUAUUUUGAGGUUCAUCCUACUGCUAAAUGGCUGUCGCCAGCGCUCUUAGCUGGCUACAUGUUGUUUACAAAUGUUCUUUUACUUAAUCUUCUCAUCGCCAUUUUCAGGUAAUUUAGAUUCUUAACCUGUUUUUUCACUAUUUUAGAGCCUCAGGAUGGUUUUUCUUGAGGUGAAAAUUUGGGAAAAACAAAAACUCUAAUUUCCCGUAACUUUGGUCGGUGUUUUGUCUUGCUGCGUGUGUUUGAGGUACCACAUUUAGCUUCGGAUUGUUUUAUUUUAGAUCGCUUUUUACGACCUGAACUAUUCUGUGUCGAGAUUCCCUUUCGUGAAGAGAGAGCGAAGUAAAGCAAUCUAGGAUUACUUUCGAAACUCAAUUGAAACUUUCUCGAGGGAAUAUCUGUUUUGGCUUUUUCUUAGUUACACUUUCGAGAGAGUGCAAGAAGAUUCGGACAAGGUAUGGAAGUUCCAGCGAUAUGAACUGAUCGCUGAAUAUCACGGAAGACCGCUGUUCUUUCCUCCUUUGAUCUUCAUCUCUCACGUCCUGAUCUCCAUCCGAUGGAUAUGGCGGCUAUGCCGCUGUGGAAAUCCUCCCUCGGUCAGCUCUAUGAGUACGUAUUUACCGACAGGUUUGAUAUUUGGGACCAGUCAUUAUGUCAGUAUGUAUUGCCGGGGGGAGUUGGAGGAAAUUUUCUUUUUGGUGGGGUGUAGGGGGGGGGUCGCUAACUGAGUGUAAAGGGGGACUUUAACGAAUUAAUUGCCAGGAGGGAUCACUCGAAUACUACAUAGCGUUAGGGUGGGAUCAGGUAACUUUUUUAUGACGCAACCAAAGCUCCUCCGGGAGAUUGUAAAAUUCAACAGUAUCUAUUUGUAGUAACGUUGUUUACAGUAAUCAAAACUGAGAAAAAUGCAUUUAACCCUUUUCCAUCCUAACAUCAGUAUGCAUAUUCUCCAUACUGUUCUCUAUACAUUUCCUAAGGUGCUGACAAGGAGAAUUGGUCAACAAUCAAUGGCGUCUUUCGUUGGGGAUCAUUUCUUCUAUUCUCGUGACCUUAAUCUGUGAUUUAGGGUGAUAUUGUGAGGAGAAAUUAGAUGCUGGUCACACCUCGGGGUUAAAGGGUCAAAGGGUUUAGAGACGCCGAGGGUCCAUGCGCUUCUAUGGUAGAAACAAUGGUAUAAACAAUUUUACCUUCAUUUUUAUUUGAAGAAAUUAAAUUGACUGAUUACGAGAAGGAGCAACUUGAGAACUGGGAGUUUCAGGGAGCAGAGUACUUCCUUCACACGAAACGAACAGAGGAGAAGAACACAUUGGAAAAAAGAGUCUGUACCCUCGGAGACAGGUUUGUGGUGUCGUGUUGUGUUAUGAACAUAGCAAUUCUCAUAACGAUUUCAAUUCACUCCUUCUUACCUUUGUUUCCUCUAACAGGGUAAACGACGCCACUGUUAAGCUUGACCGUAUAAUGGAAUGUGUCAUGGACACUAGUGCCGUGGACUCAGAGAGCGCCCCCGGAGUAGCUCAGCCGAAUAUAGAUUUUAGACCGCCGACGCGUGACACUGGUGCUUUGGAGCGGAGACUGGCGCGAAUGGAGGACAACGUGGCAUCGAUAUUAAAAACGAUGAAGACGUUGGUGGAUUUAGCUCAUAGUCAAAAGGUGUUUUAUCCAUACCGUUCUCUGUAUAUUCCCCACAGUAAUGAAAAGGAAGGGGUUUUUUAGCAAUUAAGAGCUUCUUCAGUUGGCGAUCAUUUCCUUUAUUCUCAUGGAGCUAUUGUUUAAUUCUGAUUCAUAAUUCUAAAACUGUGCUUAAUUGAAGGUAUGCUCACAACAUUUUUCAUUGUUGUAGGUUCAAACUUCCUCCAUGCCGUCGUCAGGUGAGUGGAUGUAAUUUUGUUAAAUGUUAGUAAUUAAUCCACCUUACCGUAAUUAGACUUCAUUAGCAUUUUGCUGCAAAUUCCUUGUUUUUAUUGGCCCAAUAGGAAAAGCCCAGAACAGAAGUAGGGUUUUCGGUUUUAUCACUUGUCGAAGUCCACGAGAAACCUUUUAUAAUGUUGUAGAAUAUUUACCUUUUGCCACCAUAAAAAGGUUCUCUUAAUCAAACUAAAUAAUUUUGAUCUUUCUCAUUUUAGAAACUGCGCCCGCCAACAUUCUUGAUCUCCGUCCAGUAGCUCCAGCGUUCAUCCAUCACAAGGCACGCGCAACGCCCUACCCGCAAUCCACUGUGAAGAGAUUUCAGGUUCCGGAUGAUAACGUGCCGUGGGAAGUGAGUGACUCUUCAUUUUUUUUGCCUAAGUUAAUGUUUUCGUCUUUGCGUUGUCCUGCGCCGAACGCGUUUCGUUUAAGUCUUUCCACUGUCCGUAAGGGCUGUUGAAGCACAAGUUUCAUUGCUCUUGCUUCCAAUUGCAUCUUCCCGCUUUCUUUUUUUCGUAGUUAACGUAUGGCCGCUUGUAGCCCAUGCUAUUUUCUCUGUUACGUUAUCCGCGCUUUUCGCUGGUGACGCGCGUUCCUCUGCUUGAAGCCGUUUGUGUUUCCGCGCUUGCAUUUUCCCGCGUGUUUCGCCUGUUCUGUAGGUCGACUGUUCUACUUCUUCGGCCUGAAGUUCGUGUUUUUCAUAUUCUAUUUUGUCGUAUUUACCGCUGAUACAUAACUCUUUUCGAAGGUGGACUUACCAGAUUACAGUCCCGUAAAUUAUACCGCCCCUAUUGUUCUGAAGAAACCUCCAUGGGCUGACUACGACUUAAUGAGCAUGUAAGUUGCUUUAUGGCAUCAUAUAACACGCGUUGUGAUUGGUCAACGUGAUAUUUUAGGAAUGAAAGACAACCACACAACUAUGGUUUGAAUUAUUAUAUAAUCCAUUCGUCAUCUAAGAGCCAUUCUUCAUUAAAAACAGCAAAUAUUACCUGAUAUAAAGGUUGCGUCGUUGGGUGCCAGGCGUUUGGUCACAUCCACCUUAUGAGUUCAUGUAGUGUUGUGUUUUAUAUGUUACCAUAGUUACUCACCUUAGUUAUUCAUGUUGUUCAUUUUAGGCAUCCUUCAGCUCGUCCACCGCUGGCCUACAACAGGCUCGACGAUGAAUAUAAAGUAAACCGUGCUAGUCAUAUGGGACCGUACCGAGUGAAAGACGGACUACCGCUGUAUGUAUAUAUGCAUAUUUAUAUAUUUAUUAUUCAGCAGUCUCGCUAAUGGAUUAUAGAAUUUUUGGACAAUUUAACUAUGUGAAAACCUUUUAGUUUGUAUGGUAGCAUAGUUAGAGCUAAGACAUUCAUUCUGGAAAAAAUCAGUUUCACUUUUACGUGCAAUCCAAUUUUGAAAGUCAGAGCGGAACGAAAUUCAGGUUCUGUCGUACCGGUAUCUUCUAACCGGAAACUAAUCCACUAAGCGAAGCAAAACCAUGAAACCUACCUUUAUCUUGUUUAAAAAAGAUGGUAAAUCGGUACUUCUUUUUUCCUCUCACCAGUACUUCUUUUUUCCUCUCACCAGUAAUCCCAUGGGCCGCACGGGCGUCGUAGGAAGAGGACUCCUGGGACGAUUCGGUCCCAACCACGCCGCUGAUCCCAUUGUUACACGGUAAUGAAAAGACCACAGUCUUGUGAAUAUCUUUAAUUUUAAUGGAAACUGCAUCUUGCUAUGUUGCGAUGCAAAGAGGGGCCACACUGUUAGGCAGCCGACCACGCCCUCGUCACUAGUUACACUUCCUACGUUUGGUACCGCGUGCAUGACUUUUACCAGGACACCUGUCAUGUGUAGACAGUAGUGUCUCCCGUCCUUAUACUCUUGUUUUACCCUUGAUCCCUAUUAUCUUACAGGUUUGUUCUCUUACCGCAGCAGAAAGAAGCUUGUGUUGUUACUUCACUUUUUCCUUGUGGGUUAAGCUUUACCAAUGUAUUUUGUUGUGUGAUAUUUAUCAGGUGGAAGAGAACCAGCGGCGGUGUUAUGUUAGACGGAGGGAAAAAAGUUCUUGAGUUUGUUGCUAUUCAAAGAAGGGACAAUAGUCAGUGGGCCAUACCAGGGGUAAGUUUCUCAAUUAGGGUUUAGCAGUCGCUGUUUGUACAUUUGUUGAUAUUCAUUUUCUAUCAAUAGUCGCACUUGUCAAUAAACCUUCCCUCUCUCGGUUUGUUCACCUUGUUUGUUAUUUCAGUUGUGUGUGCGCGCGUUUAUUCGUUCGUCCACUUGCUUGUUCGCUCGCUUAUUUUUCUUUGUUUAUUUCUCAAUUUCUCUUUCGUUUGGCCAAUCGUAUUCUCGCGUGUUCGCUCGUUCUUCCCUUUCAUUAGUUGUGUGGUUGUUUUGUUCAUUCGUUUGCUUGUUGGUUCGUUGACGCGAUCUUUCAUGUAUUCAUUCAUUUUCUACCUUUUCAGGGUAUGGUCGAACCGGGGCAAGUUGUAACUCAGGUUCUUAAGGCGGAGUUUGGAGAAGAGGCAAUGGCAAAGCUCAGUGUCACAGACGCAGAAAGAGAGAAAAUCAGCCGGCAAAUCGACAGACUCUUUCACAACGGAGUUGAGGUGACUCGAUUAAUUUAUUUGCCCUUUUCUAUGAAGGAAAGAUACGCUCCAGGCCGUAGCAAUAACUAUUAUUUUCGCGAUUUUCCAGGUGUACAAAGGUUACGUUGAUGAUCCCAGAAACACAGACAACGCUUGGAUGGAAACAGUGGCCGUCAAUUUCCACGACGACACCGGAGAAAUAUUCAGUGAAUUCAAGCUACAAGUGAGUUGUUUUUGUAUUGGAACGCCCGGAAGAUGAAAAGGGAGGAGUGAGGAAAGCCUCUAAAAACCUUUGCUAAUUUGUAAACCAACUACAACCUUUUUUGGGCGAAAAGUUUUCCUUUUCAUAUACCUAUUACCACACACUUAUUGUCUUGAUACAUGAACGCUCGCUUACCGGUCGCGUCAACCCCCCCCCCCCUCCCCUCCUCCUCUCCUCCUCCUCCUCCUCCUCAGUCUCUCAACGAAACCCCUUUUUUAACCUUUUGAAAAUCCUUCGAUUCACAUUCACAGGCCGGAGACGACGCGGCCGCAGUGCGGUGGCAGAGAGUCAGUGGCAAUAUUCCUCUUUUUGCAAGUCACGUGUCUAUACUGGAAAAAGUCGCCAAAAUUAGAAACGCAGCAUUUUAAAAUCAAACAUCAAAGGGAAAAAAAAAUGGAAUAUUUUCAAGAGGGGGUUUCCUUUCACAGUGUGGGUGAAAGAGGUUAUUUAUUUUUCACGUCAUGUGAAUAGUAUUUGAACCUGUAUAGUAUUGAUUGUAGUUUCAUACUGCUUAGAAGACAUGUCUAAAUCUUUUUAGAUGUAAAGCAGUGUAGUUCGUGAUCAAAGAUAAACUGUCCUUGUAACAAAGCUUGUCAGGACACAAAGCUGAUUGUAUUUAUUUUUUUUAAUUGAAAGGUGGUUAAUUUCCAAUACUCUUUUGUUUUUUCAUGAAUUUCAAUAAUUGUAGGUUGUUAUUUUUGUAUGAAAUAGAUUCAUCAAGGAGUGUUGUUGGAUAAAUUAUGAAAUUUUUCUUUCCAACAAAGUUUAUAUUUGAAUCAUUAACAUACAUUAAUUUUUUAUUUAUUUCCGAGUCUUUUAUUCUUCUUUCUUUUAACCAACGUUACUCACUACUCAAGAGAUAACUUUUCUCAAAACAUACGUGUCUCUAGAACAGAAGGGGGCACAAGUGGUGUGAAGGGGCAGAAAAUCCUCCCUACUCACUCCUCCCUUGGAUCUGUCACUGUUAAACUUCUCACUAAUUGUUAACAUUUUGUAAAUAGAAUUUCCAGCAAAAGUGAACUGAAUAAAAACUCAGCUUUAGUCUUUGGAGUGUUUCUGUUC